GAGUUUAUAUUAGUGAACCCUCGGUUCCUAGAAGUUUUUGAUCAUUCAAAAUAAUCCUAGGUAAGAUUUGUGUGGUCUCUGGCAGCAUCCAAUCAUUAGUGGUAGGCCCUCACACUUCGAAGCUAGGGAUCGUGGGGUGCGGCGAUCACGUCAUAUUAUACUAUCCGCACGUAACAUGUCUACAGUACGGCCACACACAGUUCUCCGAUUCUCGUCCCGGUUCUUAGUUUCGGCAGGCUUUCCGAUAUGUUCCACAACAGCGAGGGGAUGGAGGAGGGUUCAUAAAGCGAUAGAUAUCCCUGGCCGUUCGCAGGAAAAUAAUGGAUACCCUAUCUUAUUGCUUCCUGCACUGCUAUUUCCGGGACUCGGUAUAACGUAAGGGAUUAUAUAUACAUUUUACUAAGCUACCACCGAUAUGCCGUCCGUCAUUGAACCCUCCCGACCGCUUCCGGUUUAUUUUAUCGGCCAUGCUGGGGUGAGUUUGCUGUUCGACGAGUCGCCGAAGAAUCGGAUUGUUCAGGAUAAUCUCCGCGCCAUCGGGGCGGAGAUCCGUGCGAUAUCACCCCGGCCGAAGGCUAUUAUUACUUUUAGUGGUCACUUUGAGGCGGGAGAGAUACAUGGACCAGGGGUAAUUGAAGUUAAUGUGAAGAAAGGGACUUAUAUUAUGCACGACUUCGUCAACGAUUUCCAUGAUUCAGCACCCUUUGUCUACGAUUAUGAAUGGCCACACGAAGAUGCACCGGGAUUGGCGACUGAUGUGUGGAAACACCUUACGAAAUCCGGCAUCAAAGCGAAGCGCGUCGAACGAGGCGUCGAUCAUGGUGUCUGGGUUCCCUUCAAACUCAUGUUCCCACCCGAGAACCCCCUUGAUGUACCGGUUGUGCAAGUAUCCACUUUCUACGACUAUGAUCUAGAAAGUCAAAUCCGGCUUGGUGAGGCCGUUGCAUCGCUCCGGAAUGAGGGAUACCUCAUAAUAGGCUCCGGCAUGGCCGUACACUCCUUCUCAUCCCUUGCCGAGAUCCGCAGUGCGCCAUCCGAUGAAGCGCGGGAACUCGCACGGCAGAAAGUCCUCGCGGAGUCGCGGUCCUUUGAUACGCAUUUACGAGUAGCAGUCACAAAGCGCGGUGCCGUGGAAAGGAAAAAGGCGCUGUUGGAGCUAGAGAAGCUACCAGAGUUCCGUCGCUCGCAUCCUACGAUUGAGCAUUUCACGCCAAUCCUCGUGGCGGCUGGGGCGGUGGGCGAUGCGGAGGUUGAACCAUUGGGUGAGGAUGUAGUGGAGCCGGGGAUGUCGUAUUUAAAUGUGAGGUUUACUUGAGCUUAAUCCUUCGAGAGAAGAGGAAAUUCUAUGAGGAAUUUAUACCGGAUUUACUUGUUCAAUUGGUAUCACUA